AUAUAUACACUCAGGGAUUGAAGAUGCCCCAAGCCAUAACUAGGAAGCAACAAUGGAGGUGAAAUUGCCGGUGUUGGUGAUGUUGGCCAUGGCUUUGUCCCUAUUCUCUAUUGCUUCUGCCGCACAGGUCCUCGCGGUUUAUCACGAUCCCCAAUAUUAUCCCGCGGCUUGUGCAGGGUUCAAUAUGCAGAACAGCGGAGUGAUGAUCGCGGGAGUGAGGGACGAAUUGUGGGACAACGGGAGGGCCUGCGGGCGGAUGCUGACGGUCAGAUGCGCCAAACCCGCCAACCUAUACCCGCACCCUUGCAAGACCGGUGUCAUCAAGGUCAAAGUUGUGGACUACUGCCGGCAACCGUGCAACGGGGUCAUCAACCUCUCACGCGAUGCCUUCGAGAAGAUCGCCAUCCUCGACGCCGGCAAAGUCUGGGUGGACUAUUCCUAGGAAGGACCUCGAAACCCUUUUCUUGAAGUAAAAAACAUACCGUUCGGGGAAGAUCAUCAAAAUAAUGUCUGCUUUAUAUGAUUUUGGCUUUGCCGGGUUUGAAGACUACUUAAAUAACGAGAUGCUUAAUCUCCGAUCUGGUUUGAAUAAAACUAUGUAUUUGUGAUAUUAA